AUGAAGGAAAAACUUCCGGAAACGAUUAAUUUUCCAAAAGAAGAGGAAUUUACUUUAGAAUUGUGGAAAAAGUUAAAUGUUUUUCAAAAUUGUAUGAAGUUAUCAAAAGGAAAACCAAAAUAUUCGUUUUACGAUGGUCCACCGUUUGCUACAGGAUUACCUCAUUAUGGACACAUACUUGCAGGCACAAUAAAAGACAUUGUAACAAGGUAUGCUUAUCAAUCUGGUUAUCAUGUGGAAAGAAGAUUCGGUUGGGACACCCAUGGUUUACCUGUCGAAUUUGAAAUAGAUAAAAUUUUGGAUAUAAAAGGUCCUGAUGAUGUUGCUAAAAUGGGAAUAGCAAAUUAUAAUAAAGAGUGUAGAAAUAUUGUAAUGAAAUAUGCAACAGAAUGGGAAAUAAUUGUAAGUAGAAUUGGCAGAUGGAUUGAUUUUAAAAAUGAUUACAAAACAUUGUAUCCUUGGUAUAUGGAAUCUAUCUGGUGGAUUUUUAAAGAACUAUAUAAUAAAGGUCUUGUGUACCAAGGUGUUAAAGUAAUGCCUUACUCUACGGGUUGUAAUACACCUUUGUCUAAUUUUGAAUCUGGACAGAAUUACAAAGAUGUUGUUGAUCCAUCUAUAAUUGUGUCAUUUCCUUUAGUGGAUGAGCCAAAUGUUUCCAUAUUGGCUUGGACUACAACUCCUUGGACACUACCUAGCAAUAUGGCACUUUGUUGUAAUCCUGACUUUGAGUAUGUAGAAGUUAAAGAUCAUGCUUCAGACAAUGUUUAUAUUAUAUUAGAAUCAAGUUUAGAACUCAUAUACAAAUCUAAAGAUUUAUAUACCAUACAUGGUAAAAGAAAAGGACAAGAUUUAAAAGGAAAGAUAUAUGUUCCACCUUUCCCAUAUUUUCAAAAUCUAAGAGAAAAGGGUGCUUUUGUAGUAUUAAAUGAUACAUAUGUUACAUCAGAAACUGGUACAGGUAUAGUUCAUCAAGCACCUUAUUUUGGAGAAGAUGAUUAUCGGUGUUGUUUGGAAGCUGGUAUUAUAACAAGAGAUCAAGAAAUUGUAUGUCCUAUUGAUAGCUGUGGAAAAUUCUUGGAACCAGUACAUGAUUUUGUUGGAAAGUAUGUAAAAGAUGCUGACAAAGAGAUUAUUAAAUACCUUCAGACAAAUAAAAGAUUAAUUUAUCAUGGUACUACUAAACAUAGUUAUCCAUAUUGUUGGAGAUCUGAUACUCCAUUAAUAUAUAAAGCUGUACCUUCAUGGUUUGUUAGAGUAGAAGCCAUAAAAGAUAAACUUGUUACAGCAAAUAGUAAUACUUAUUGGGUACCAGAUUAUGUUAAAGAAAAACGAUUUGGUAAUUGGCUACGAGAUGCUCGCGAUUGGGCUAUUAGUAGAAAUCGUUAUUGGGGUAAUCCAAUUCCUUUAUGGAUUUCAGAAGAUGGACAAGAAAUUGUAUGUGUAGGAAGCAUUGCAGAAUUGGAAGAAUUGACUAACACAAAAAUAACAGAUAUUCAUAGGGAAAAUAUAGAUCAUUUAACUAUACCAUCAAACCGAUCGGGAUACCCACCGCUACGACGUAUACCCGAAGUGUUUGAUUGCUGGUUUGAAUCUGGCUCAAUGCCAUAUGCACAAAUGCAUUAUCCUUUUGAACAUCGAAAAGAAUUUGAAGAAAAUUUUCCGGCUGAUUUUAUUGGGGAAGGAAUUGAUCAAACUCGAGGUUGGUUUUAUACUCUUUUAGUUAUAUCAACAGCUCUUUUUGGGAAAUCUUCAUUUAAAAAUCUUGUUGCUAAUGGUUUGAUACUUGCAUCUGACGGCCAAAAAAUGUCCAAACGUAAAAAGAAUUAUCCAGAUCCCAUGGAAAUUGUUAGUAAGUAUGGAGCAGAUGCUCUACGCUUGUACUUAAUUAAUUCUCCUGUUGUAAGAGCUGAAAAUCUCCGUUUUAAAGAAGAAGGAGUUAGGGAUGUUAUAAAAGAUAUGUUCUUGCCUUGGUAUAAUGCAUUUAGAUUUUUAAUGCAAAAUAUUGAAAGAUUUCAAAGAGAAGAGAAAAUUACUUUUAUAUAUGAUGACUCAAAGAAUCUAUAUUCUAGUAAUAUAAUGGAUAGAUGGAUCUUAUCUUUUACACAAACAUUAUUGCAACUUGUUAAACGAGAAAUGCAAGCUUACAAGUUAUACACUGUAGUACCUCACCUGGUAAAGUAUAUAGAUAAUCUUACUAAUUGGUAUGUAAGAAUGAAUAGAAAACGUAUAAAAGGAGAUGGUGGUGCAAGUGAUUGCCAAGAAGCACUAAGCACUUUAUUUUCUGUCCUUUACACAAUGGUACGUGUGAAUGCACCAUUUAUACCAUUUUUAACGGAAUUUAUGUUUCAACGUUUGGUAAAAGUACUUCCACUAUCUAAGGCUAAUAUGGACAGUGUACAUUAUCAAAUGAUACCAGAGCCUAGUUUACAAUUAAUAGAUGAAAAAAUUGAAAAAGCUGUGUCUUACAUGCAGACUGUAAUUGAAUUAGGACGUGUUGUAAGGGAUAGGAAAACAAUUCCUGUUAAAUAUCCAUUGCCAGAAGUUGUAGUAAUUCAUCAAGAUGCUGAAGUGUUGGAAAAAAUAGAAUCUCUGAAAUCAUAUAUUCUUGAGGAACUUAAUGUAAAAGAAUUAACAGUCACUACAAACAAGGAAAAAUAUGGUGUUAAAUUAAGAGCAGAACCAGAUCAUAAAGUACUUGGAGCACGUCUUAAAGGAGAAUUUAAGUCUGUUACACAAGCUAUUAAAGAACUUUCUGAUGAACAACUGCAAAUGUUUGUUACACAGAAAGAAAUUAUUGUACAGGGUCAUAAAUUGAAAGAACAAGAUUUGCGAUUGAUGUUCAGUUUUACUGGUCCAGCAGCAGAACAAUUAUCUAAACAAUAUGAAGCUCAUAGUGAAGGUAAUGUUUUAAUUUUGCUGGAUGUUACACCUGAUGAAAGUAUGCAUAAUGAAGGAGUGGCAAGAGAAGUAAUUAAUAGAAUUCAAAAGUUAAGAAAGAAAGCUCAAUUAAUUCCAUCAGAUGAGGCAAUUGCAUAUUAUGAAAUACAAGACCAAAAUACUAAUUUAGCAAAAGUAAUUGUUAGUCACAAAGACUUUAUUGAGAGUGCAACUAAAACUCCACAAGAAGAUAUGUUGAAAAUGCCAAGUAAUGCAAGUGUAAUCAUAGAAGAGAUGCAAAAAAUUAAAGGCAUUGACAUGAAACUUGCAUUGGUGAAAACUAAAAUGGAUCAAGUUGAAAAUAAUAUAAUAAAUGUAGAACCUUUGUUAAAAUAUGUAAAUAUCGAGCUUAUAGGUAUCCAGCCGAGAUUUGGUGCAACUAGUUGCAUAGGAACCGUGCUCUUAGAAGUUCCCAAUUCAUUAGUUCCUAUUUCUUAUGAACAAUUAAAACACGAAAUUGAAUUAAUAUUCGGCAUUUACGAUUAUCCCUACGACUUAUACGUCAAUAAUAAACUGAUGUCGGAAAUAACAAAUAUUUCUUCACUGCACAAACAAACAAUAAAAGUAACAAAACCAGGCUCAGCUAUGGAUCAAACACCUACAGUAUUAAAGCAACCAGUUUGUGAAUUCGUUAAUAUCAAUAGUAGUUUGGGAAAAGGUACUAUUCUUUUAGAAAACCCAAAAGGAAAUUUUAGUUUAAACGGUACAAUGUUAAAACAACAAUUAAAUAAUUACUUUGAUAAACUAACUAUUUCUGAACCUUUACCCAAAAUGCUAAAUGAAUUAUAUGGAAAGACUCUUCAAUUAAGUUAA